AUGGAAAACGGCAUGGAGAGUGCAAGGUCAAAUGUGGCAGAAUUUAUCGAACAUGUGGCCAUACCUGCAAAACGCCAUGUCAUGGAGAAUAUCCAUGCCCACUGUGUGAGCAGCCAUGUGAAAUACACUGUGCACAUUCCAAGUGUGCAAAAAAGUGCCAUGAGCCUUGUGCACCAUGCGCUGAAGAGUGUAUCUGGAGUUGUCCGCACCAAGGAAAGUGUGAACUGCCAUGCUCUGUUCCCUGUGACAUUUUACCUUGCUCCAAAAGGUGCUCAAAGAGGCUGA